UGUUGCAUAUUUUAACGUGGUUAUUUUUCUAUACGUAAGUAGGUACCCACUAAAAUAACUAAUAAGAGAGUUGAGCUAUCCUUUUAUACAAUUACAGUUUUUAUAUUUCACUUUGACCACUUUUAUAUUACGAAUAAAUAUUCGUGAUAAGCAAAAGCAUGUAAAGUAGUAAUAACUAAUUAACCUUAUUCGGAAGCUUGUCAUACAAGCGAACUCAGUAUCUAUGUAAAUUAUGUAAGACUGAUAAUUAUCGACGUCAGGCUUUUAUGGGGUUAAGAUUAAUCUGAUGAAAUCGCUCAGCAAGAAGUCCACUGCAUUCAAGUUAAUUUGCCAGACGACGCAAACUGCUGUCCGCGUUUGUACCAGCGCACUGAUAUUGCUAGCUCCUUCCUAGCUACGAUUCUGAACGUAUAAACUAAACGCUCUCAAAGUAUCUAUUGUAUUUCAUUAUUAUUUUUGCAAAUUUUCUUACUUAUCUAUAUAUUAUAAAUUAUCCAGUUUUAAGGCCAUGUAUGACUGAUAAAAUAAAAAUUUAAGUGGUGUUCAGUGAAAAAUGGUACAUUUUACUAAAACAUCUUGUGAAGAUGAGCACCUGAGAAGAUUUUACACAUCUUCUUGGCAACAGAGUGAUUCGCCGGUAGCAAUGCUAGUGUUGCGGGCCUUGGAGUCUGCUGUGGCACUGGGGAUAUUAUUGUGGUCUUUGAUUGAGGCUGCGGUGCCUCAAUGGAUCGUCUAUCUCACUACUUGGGGUAUAAUACUGGUUUUUGCUAUGGAGGCCAGCGGCCUCAUCGUAUCAAUAUGUGCAUUGAAAAAGAAGCUACCGGAGGUAGGCAAGCCACCGUGGUACGUGAUGAUGUACUGGGUACUUUAUAACAUAUCCGUCCCUUUGGCUAUCGUUGUAACCAUGCUUUAUUGGAGGUUGCUAUCCAAAGAUGGUAGUAAAUACAGCAUUCAUGACCGGUAUUUCUGGUUGGACACUUCAUUGCACGGGUUUAAUGCAGUGAUAGUUCUGAUCGAGGUUUUCGCAUCUCGGACACCAGUGCGUUUAGCACACAUCUACCAGCCACUUCUUUUCGGUGUCGUGUACGCUGUGUUUUCCAAAAUAUAUCAGGAGGCUGGGGGCACUGGCGCAUAUGGUCAGCCCUAUAUCUACAAGUUUCUGGAUUGGAGCGAGCCGCAGAGCUCCUUCAUGACGACUAUUGGGAUUGCAAUAAUAACAAUCUUUUUAUACGUGAUUCUGUGGGCAUCCGCUUGUACUCGCGACGUGCUGAGUCGUGCAUGCUGCUCUACUAGACACCGGACAACCGAGCACAGUGUACUAAUUUAAUUAUCACCGGACAGAAUUUGAUUUCGAACAAGUUAUCUUAGUUAUUCAUCGGAUACUUCAUAAUGAACAUGUUUUCAAUUUUUCUUACAUUUCGAUGAAACAUUUCUUUAAAAUACUUACUACCUAUGUAAUUAGUUUUUGAUAUAUAUCGCUUUCAUUGUAAUAAACAUAUUUUUUUCAGUUCUCAUAAUAUAGGUAAUUCUAAUUUGUUUUUAUCUUUUACGGGUUAGAUUUUGCCUCUAUUACAGCUAUCGCUCUGAAAACUUUACUUUUUUUAUUAAUUAUAAAAAUAUAGAUAUUUAAUUAAGGACAAUUAAUUUGUAAAAGUAUCUUCCUGCAGCUUUCCCAAGGCAUUCCCAAACAGAAGGCACUCCUAAGAAAUAGGUUCCAAGUGUUCCAACUAUAUUUAUUUUUUGAAAGUUUCCCUUACCCGUAUAGGCAAUUGACCUAUAUUUAAUCCGACUCAACACACAAGUAGAAAAAGGUACAUUUAAAGAAUUAAAGAAGUCCUGUUUUUAUAAUUGGGUAAUAUAAUUACAUAUACUUAACACCACCAAAGAAAACACUAUUACCACUUAAUUUGUGAUUUAAGCGCCAUCUGUUGCUGAGUAGUUGCAUUAUUAUUUUUACUGCCAUCUAUUGCCGAAUCGCCGAAGUUACUUUAGUACAAAGUUUUUGUAUAGAUGGCGAUACAAUACUGACAGUAAUAACAACAACAGUACAGUCAGCAGCAGAAGUUGCUAAGCGGGCGAGGUGUUUAAAAUUACCUUGACAAGCUCUUAUUCUGUCAAGUUUGCGGAAAGUUUAAAUUUUUGAACAAUAAAGUCGCGUAAAAUUAAUCUUGACAUUCCGCUAAAAAAAUUUAAACUUUCCGCAAUUGGCACGUCAAUUCUGUAGUCAUCAAGACUUUUGCAGUAGUCGGAUUUAACUUAGACAUUAAUAAAGUUGACCCAACAACAUGUGGGAUAAACUACACUUGAAAGGCACGCGACCAUCGCAUGAUGGUAUUUGCUCUCAACAUCGCGAACAACUAUUUGCUUUCACAAAGUUUAGAGCUUGAACCUCGUUGGUUAUUCUGAGAGUAUUUCAAUUCAGCACUGUGAAAUGAUUAAAGUAAUUUUACUCCAUCUAAACUAAAUGAAACACUGAAUAGAAUAAUUAACUUACAUUUAAUCUUUGAGCCUUCGAUUAAACGACAGCGCCACUUGCACCAUCCCACUAAUCGGGGGUUAACCCGUUAUACCGUCAACCCAGUGUCAAAUCGUACUGGUAACCAUGGUAACUCCAGGUUUAACCGGUUAACCCCGGGCUAGUGGAAUGGUGCAAGUGGCCCUUAAGGUGUCGUCGAAGGCUUGCUGAAUACUAAAACUAAAUGAGGAGUGUCUUUUCAAAAGGUCUUAUUUCUCUAUGCAAACCUUUACAAAAAUAGGCCCUUUUGAAAAUACACUCCUCAAAUGCUUAAGAGGAAAUGGGACGAUCGUUUCUACAUACAAACGUAGUCCCAAUUUAAUAUACAUAGAGGAAAAUGAGGACUACCUUUGUAUGAAAAGGCGGGCAGGUACUUCACUUUUAUCUUAAUAAAUGGGCAGGCCACAUUGCGCGCAGAGAAGAUGGCCGAUGGGGUCGAAAAGUGCUCGAGU